GCGGGCCCGGGACGUUCCGGGAAACGGCGGGACAGCGAGCAGCGGCGAUGGCGCGGGGGGCCCUGGCGUUCGGUGUGCUGGUGCUGCUGGCGCUGCUGGCGUUGCCCGGCCUGGAGGCGGCCGGUGAGGCGCCGAAGGUCGAAGUCUACGCCCGUUCCCGCGCCGAGGAGGGAAAGGAGAACAUCCUCCACUGCUUCGUCGCUGGCUUUCACCCACCCAAGAUAGACAUCGAACUCCUGAAGAACGGGGUGCCCAUGCCCGGCGUCACCUACGGGGACUUGUCCUUCAACGAGAAGUGGCAGUUCCAGCGCCUGGUCUAUGCGCCCUUCGUCCCCACAAGGGAUGAUACCUUCGUUUGCAGGGUGAUGCAUUAUUCCACCAUGUCGGAGCCAGUCGUUUACCGAUGGGAACCAGACUUCUGAGCUGUGGCUGGGAUAAUCCAUGGUCUGAGAAGUAUCUUUUGCAAGUUAAAGUCUUCUCAAGCUUCUGUCCAUGCUUCAUCAUAUCCACAAGAGCAAUCAACUUCCUUUCAGAAAUUUGCUAAGAAGCCUUGUUAAAAAUAUCACUUAGCCAUAACAUCAACAGAGGUGUUUAGACGGUUUGUGCAUGUAGCUAAAAAUGCCUAUAUUACUGCUUAAAAAAAAAUGGUAGCUCUUCGCUACUCCAGAUUUUGCAGGAUGUUAAUGCCUUAAUAAACUGUUAGUCCCUUAAAUUGUUUUUUCAGAGUCAUUCUACAGCCCAGGCUGAACCUAAGGCUCUGAUGGCCACUGGGUUGUGGGUGGGUAUGUAGCCUUGGUGGCAGGAUGAUCAGUUGUUCUUUUUUUAUUCCAUUGAGAAGAUGCAAGAGCACUUUUCCACAAAUAAAAAGAUAAUUAAA